AUGGCCACCGUAGGUUCUGUCCUGCUGCCACUGGCUGUGGUCUUUGCCCUCACAGCCCCCACUCAAAGCUUCGACCCAGUGACCGGGGCGUCCUUUAAUCACCGCAACAUCACCGAAAGGGCAAUCCUCAGAAAGGCGGCCGAAGUCUGUCAAAACAUUGCUGCUGCAAACGGAGUUCCCUUCGACCUGACUAUUGAUGACAGUCUGACACCUGACCAAGUAGUCCAGGCAUGCUUCUCUUCAACCAGCCUCGUCUCCAGUGUUUCCUUCAAUGCUGUCAUUGCCGACAUUUACCUAAGCAACGGCGAUGUAGAUUUACGGUUUGCAGGCCGUACAGAGUACCAUUUUAAUGACGAGACCUUCGAGAUGGGACGCACCUUGAUCACAGAAGGUUUGUCUGCUGUCAGGGCCAGUACAAACAUGGGAAACUUCAUCACAGCGCGCUCUGUUCUUGGGGAAGUACUUCACACUCUGCAGGACUUCUACAGCCACAGUAACUGGGUGGAGCUGGGGAACACGGCUCCUUAUGACGCCUUGAUCACACCUGCCCUACCUCUUGGAAAUCUAGCUGGCCCAACUGUUCCAACUUGUACAAACUGUAUAAGUGGAGACUGUACCGACAACAUUUUGCCUGCUGUGCUGAAUGACGGCCUUCUCACAUCUGGUUACUUUGACAGAUUGUCCUCAAAUAAGCCGGAAGGUAAAUGCAGCCAUGGAGGUCCUCUAGACUUGACAAGCACACAGGAACCCGUGGGGGGCAUCAACAAGAACACCUUUGACUCCGACCAUGGCUUUCUUCACCAAGAAGCAGCUGAUUUGGCUCUGAGAGCUAGUUUGGAUCUCCUGGAGAACAUCAGAAUAGGUGUAGGAGACCAGGACUUUCUACGGUUGGUAGGCGUUUUUUCCGCCCCUGUGCUAUGUUUUGUCAUCGACACAACAGGCAGUAUGGGUCCGGAAAUUGAUGAAGUAAGGAGAGUUUCCGCUGAAAUCAUCACAAGUCGGUUGGGAACUGGUCUGGAACCUCCAUUCUACAUAUUGGUUCCUUUCAAUGAUCCAGAAAUUGGACCUGUGCUACAGUCGUCCGAUUCAGCCCCUUUUAUACAACGUAUCAAUGCGCUGACUGCCAAUGGAGGAGGUACUACGCCGGAGUUAAGCUUGUCUGGAUUGCAGCUUGCCCUAACUGCGGCUCCGCCCUUUUCUGAGAUCUUUCUCUUCACUGAUGCUCCAGCAAGAGACACUGAAUUGAGACCCACCAUCCUUGCCCUUAUAGCCAACACAAGGUCAAGGGUGACGUUCAUGCUAACGGACGUCCUUGAUGGAAGGAGAAAAAGAGACCUUCAAGGUGUGGCACCCAGGGUUGUGACUCAAACGCAGGCUGAGUUGUACCGGGAAAUUGCCUCGGCCUCUGGAGGUCUGACCAUCGAAGUCCCUAACUCAAAUCUCUCAAUGGUUACGAUUUUUAUCGAGGAUUCCAUAGCCAUCGCCGUGGUGACUGUUUUUCAAGAAGUGAAGAAUCCUGGAGCGGCCUGUAAUUUCUCAUUUUUAAUCGACGACACACUAAGAAACAUAACUAUCCUCCUCACAGGAACGCCAUCUCUCACCUUUACCCUCCGCAGCCCCAGCGGUGCAACUCAGACCUCCAGCGAGGUCAGUGAACCUCUGGCAUCUUUCAGCUUGGCAAGUAACCUCAGACGACUGAGGCUCAACAGCGACAGUGAGACCGGACUGUGGGAAAUCAGUGUGAACUCCACCGAUCCCUACUCUGUAAAAGUCAUAGGUCAAAGUUCAUUGGACUUCAUCUACAACCUCGUGGAAGUCCAGGAUGGAGCCUCCACGGACUUCUUUCGGCAAGAAGGCCGACCGAUUUCAGGCGGUAACGCCAGCCUCUUGGUCACACUGACAAGAAGUGACGGUGUAAGUGUCACACAGGUCGCACUGUUAGACACCUUGAACGGAACAGAGGUCAACGGGACAUUGCAGCCAGUAACAGAUUCAACCUACGUGGUGACGUUCAGUAACGUUACAGGAGGUACUUAUGUGGUUCUACUGAGAGGAGAAGCAAGCAACUCAACGUCAAGGAUGACGGCAGGCAGCUUCCAGAGACAGGGCUCCACUCAGAUCACAACUUCCAACAUUGUUGUCAAUGCUCUAUCCAACACCACCAUCAUGGAACCCGGCUCUUCCGCCACCAUCCCCUUCACCGUCGCCCUGAUCACCAAUGGCGUCGUAGACGAAAGCGCCAUGGGGACGUUCACAGUGAGCGCCACCAACGACCGCGGCUUCCUCAUAGCAUCGCCCAGCAGUGUCACCAUAGGACCCGACAGCGGCGGGAUUGCCAACGGCACGGUGACUCUCACCGCCCCCGCGGAUGCGUUGUCGGGAUCGGACGUGACGCUCACCAUUGCGGCGGAGGAUGCAGCUGCCAUGAAUAGUAACAAUGUCGUACUCAGGUUUCCAGUGUUCAGGGUGACAGAUAUCGAUGCGCCAGCGUGCCUGGUGGGUGCAUCCAGCAACUGUCCUGCAAAUGAAUCAAUCUGCGGGUUCUUCAUGUGGAACUUCAUGACCAACGUGACCGACGGCAUCAACGGGACGGACGUUGAAAUCGCCGUCCUUGAAGGGAAUGGCACCCUCACCACGGGCACGGAGGUGGGGCCAGACGGCGAGAACAUCGCUUUGGUCUUCUACACGGCCUCCUGCUGUGCAAACACCGUGGUGCUGUCGGCUGUGGACAACGCAGGAAACGUGGGCCGUUGUGAGGGCCAGGCCAGAGAGUCGGACCUUGAAAUUGUCCCGCCAGUGUGCCUGGGGGUCAACGCCACCGCCUGCCCUACGGACGUGUCACUCUGCGACUCCUCCCAGUGGUCGUUUGUCGUCAACGUGACCGACAACAACGGGACGGGCAUCGCAAACAUCACCAUCGCUUUAGGGAACGGCGUCCUCAACACCAGCAUGGAGGUGGGGCCAGGCGGCGAGGCGGUCAGCGUGGCGUCCUACACGGGCUCCUGCUGUGCGGAGAGAGUGGUGCUGGCCGCCACGGACAACGCAGGAAACGUGGGCUUUUGUUCGGUUAACGCCAGGGAAGUCGUCGAUGCCCCGCCCGUGGCCGUGCCCCCACCCGUUAUCAAUACUGAUGAAGACGAGGACGCCGCGGCAGACGGCGGGCGAACCCUCAACACGCUUCCUCAUCUCUGGAUUGCUGCUGUGGCUCUCUUGCUUUGGAUUUAAAAAGGUUGUAAAAUGUUCAGUAAAAAAUGAUUUAAUGAAUCAGGAUUUUUUUU